UCAGAUAAUUAUUUAAAAUUACAACAAAAUGAUGUAAGCACUCCAGAUAAACAAACAAAUAUGGUAAAAAGCCAACCUUCGUUUAGGUUGCGACAAAAUGCCUCGCAAAACAUCCAAAGGACCUCGAAAAAGGAUGUGCAAAAGAAAAGUACGAAUAAAAAUCAACCCACCAAAACCGAAAAAAAAAUUGUCGAAGCAGUAAACAGCAACCUGACAUUUCCUAGUGGAGAUACGGCCUUUAAGGCCCUACUAUCGGCACGAUUUUGUGCAGCAAUUUGGUCCCAUAUAACUGAUUGCGAUGAGACUUUUAACUAUUGGGAACCCACUCAUUAUCUUGUGUUCAACAAAGGCCUACAAACUUGGGAGUACAGUCCGGAAUUCGCUCUACGCUCAUAUUUUUACUUGAUGAUCCAUGCCACUCCGGCCUGGCUGUACCAUAAACUCCUACAGCCGAAUCCGCUGUUGAUGUUUUACUUUUCCAGGUGCCUCUUGGGAUUGGUUUGUGCUUUUGCUGAAGUCUACUUUUACAAAUCGAUUUGUAAAGAAUUCGGCGUUCAUAUUGGUAGAAUCUGUUUGGGGUUUCAACUUUUCACUCCUGGGAUGUUUAUAGCAAGUACCGCUUAUCUGCCGUCAAGUUUUGCCAUGUACAACUUUACUGCGGCUUGUGCCGCAUGGUGGCAGCAAAAGUACCCACUGGCUGUAUUUUUCAUUGCUUUGGGGUCUUUGCUAGGUUGGCCCUUUGCAGCCCUAUUAGGCGUUCCACUGGUCUUCGAUAUGCUCCUAUUGAAAAAACUCUACAAAGACUUGAUAAUGUGGUCGGCGAUAUCGGCCGUGGUAAUCUUAGGCCCGAUGGUUGUCGUUGAUUCAAUGAUUUACGGUAAAUUGACUGUUGCCCCCUUAAAUUUGGUUAAAUAUAAUGUUUUUGGGGGGGCAGGGCCCGAUUUAUAUGGCACUGAACCGUUUUCCUACUAUUUCAUUAAUGGUUUGUUGAAUUUCAAUAUUGUUUGGAUUCUAGCCCUUCUAAGUCCUUUAGCGGUUUUUUUGAAUCACAUAUUUGUACCUUCGAGGACCAAAACAACCCUGUAUUUGCCCCAUUGGUUGUCCCUAAGCCCCAUGUUUCUAUGGUUAAUGGUUUUCAGCCUCCAAAAACACAAAGAAGAACGUUUUUUGUUUCCCAUUUAUCCAAUGAUUUGUUUGGCUGGAGCAAUUUCAUUGGAUGUCAGCCAAAAGCUUGUAUUCAGACUGUGGAGUUUGGCUAAAAAAAUGCCUUAUGGUACCCAUUAUUUGGAUAAAACCACUUUUUUGAUGGUUCUAGUAGUGACUUUAACGUCACUUUUGAGCAUUUCUCGUAUAGUGGGCUUGUACAGAAACUACCACGCCCCAUUGGAUCUUAUGAUGGAACUGAAUAGGUACCCAAAUGAGAUUGUGGUACCAAAACACAGCCAAAUACAAGUUUGCUAUGGCAAGGACUGGCACCGGUACCCGAGUUCGUUUUUCUUGCCAAACUCCAACUGGAAUGUGCGCUUUAUUAAGUCAGAGUUUAACGGAAUGUUACCUGCUCCUUAUUCCAACCAAUCAAAUGCCACCAAAGUGAUUCAUCCAUACUUCAACGACCAAAACCGAGAAGAACCAAGCUUGUAUUUAAAUGUAAGCGAGUGUCAUUUUUUGUUGGAUUUAGAUUUAGACAAGGAAAGUGAUUUGGAACCGAUUUACGCCAAACAAAGUGAUCAUUGGAAAGUUGUCGCCAGCUACAGGUUUUUGGAUUCCGAAAAAUCCAAUAGGUUUGCUAGGGCUUUUUACGUACCCUUUAUCAGCGAGAAUUACCUGACUUUUGGGAAUUUUUCAUUGUUGCAAUCGGUAAAACUUAAAAUAAAAUAGCGUCAUGGGAUUCCCCUAUUUCAACAAACAGUGUUGCCAGAUUGAACUUAAAAUUGUCACUUGUCAAUGAAGCGACUUCACUGUUUGUCUUCUGUAACUUCGACUGGCAAUAAACAACGAACAUUUUUUCUACAAAACUUCUAGUCCAACUAAAAUAAUAAUUUGUACAAUAUUUUGCUCACUAUUAUUGUUGUAAGUAUGUAAAAUGUCUGUACGUAUGCAUUGUGAUUUUGUUCGUGAAAAAUUAAACAAAAUAAGG